AAAAUUUUGUGCUUUAGGUUUCAGAGUCUUUAUCAGUUAAUGAAACUGAAGAAAUUUGUGCCAAACCUGUUGAGAGGACAAACAAUUCAACAAAUCAACUCCAAGAUGUUUUGCCAAUUCAAGGAAACUUUAAUUUUUUGCAAGAGUCACAGAUUGACAUGGAAUCUCCUCAUAUGGAUCCAGCUGUAGUAGUGGCCCAUCCCAUGGCUCCCCCACCAAAUUCAUCCUAUCGACAUUCUCAGUUUAAUUCAGUAGCUGCUACUACUACAUCACAGGUUAUAAGUGAAAAUGAAGCUCCAUGUAUUCCUACAACUAUAGUUGUUCCACUUCAGACAAUACCAGUUCCAUCACCAGGCAAUCCGGCUCUAACCCUCUCCCAAGCUGCACUUAAUCAUCCUCCUCAAGAUUAUGAUCCUAAUCAGCCCAUACCUACACAAACAUUUACUAAUCAGAACUUUGUUGCAAUGCAGAAUAUCAUGACUGUUGUUUCUCCAUAUGUUCCCGUCACUGUUCCUGCACAGCAUUUUACACCAGACAAUAUAUUACAACAGCAGUCAACAAACAUCAUUACAUCAGUUGAAACUCCUGCUGUUGAACAUGCUGAUACAGGUGACAAUAAUGAGAUUUCAGAGAAGAACAAUGGAACAGAUGAUAAAGAAACUGAGGAAGCUACUGGCAAUGGAGAGAAUAGGGUGGCAGAUCAGGAACAAGAAUCUGCAAAUCAAUCAGAAUCCCAAACCAAUUAUACUUCCCAUGCACAAAACAAUCACCAGUCACGCAGUUUUAGUAAUCGUGGAUCAAGGGGUGGCAGAGGACGAAGUUUUAAUUAUCUGAGAGGUAGAAGCUAUGGAAAUGGAAGAGGUUAUUAUCAAGGUUCAUAUGGAGGACGAGACAGUUCUGGUAGCUCUUCUGGAUACAACGGUUACCGAAGGCCUCCUCGUGGUGGAAUACGUGGAGGAAUGCGAGGCGGCAAUAAUAGAGGCGGCGGACGUGGUGGUUAUAGACCUCAACAGUAAUCUGUCCCAUUUGAUGUCCAAAAAGACAAAACUUCUCGGACUUGGCAGUGGCGGCAGAUUUUGCAAGGCAUGCAUUAUUUAAAAAGAAAAAAAUGUAUAGUUGAAUUUUUUGUGAACUGUGGAAAACUGGAAAUUUUGUGUUUUACCCAAAUUUAAUAUCCAUAUUUACCAAAAAAAAAAAAUGUAGCCUGGUAGAUGUUCCGUUGAUUGUAAGUUCUAACUUUUGGUGGGACCAGGCUUUUGGGAUCAGUAGUCAUGUCAACAUUUAACUCUAUGAACAUUGCAAUAACCAUCCGGUAAUCUUUAAAGCUUGUGAAAAGGAAGGCAAACACAAAUAAAUUAGCUCUUGUGAAAUGACUUGAAGAUUCCAGUUGUUCCAGUUCAUUAACUUUUUACAAAAACAACUGUUUCUUCCCCCAAUAGAAGUUUGAGCAGCUUGAAGUCAGAUACCACUAAACUUUCUCCGAUUCCUGCACAAAGAGUGGGUGUGUGUAUGUGUGUUUCCUUACCAGAAAAAAGACGACAGCAAUGCAUUUACAAUGUUCUUUUGUUUUCUAAAAGCAACCUCUAUAUAACGUUUGCUUUUUCCUUUCUUUUUAUAAGUCACCAUAUUAUUGAUAUUAUCCAAUGCUUUUUUAUCAACUAAGUGUGGUUGUUAAAAAUGACUGACUGACUGCAAGAAAAAAAAAAUAAAUUCUCAAUGAAGCAUUAAA